AACUGAGCUCACUCUCAAGAAUUGCCCUGCUCAGAUCACUCUGUGUUCUUUAGACUGCUUUAAUUUGGUGCCCAUGAUCUGUGGAUACCCAGUUUUGCAUCAGUUCUGAAGAAAGAAAGAAAGAAAGAAAGAAAGAAAGAAAGAAAGAAAGAAAGAAAGAAAGAAAUUCUCAAUGGGAUCACAGGAACCAGACGGUGAAAUCAGAAGGAAACCAAGAUAUGGCGCCACUAAUUCACUGGUACCGAAUAAUCACCAGGAGACUGGAGAUCAAACCUACUUGGAUGAAAAGAUUGCCAUUCCAGAUGUUGCUGGAUAUGGUUUCAGUUUUAGGAAGCUCUGGGCAUUCACCGGGCCUGGCUUCCUCAUGAGCAUUGCCUUCCUGGACCCAGGAAACAUUGAAUCAGACCUGCAGUGUGGAGCCGUUGCCGGCUUUCAGCUGCUCUGGGUUCUGCUCUGGUCCACAAUCCUGGGCUUGCUCUGCCAAAGACUGGCCAUCCGGCUCGGGGUCGUUACAGGCAAAGAUUUGGGAGAGAUAUGCCAUUUCUACUAUCCCAAGGUUCCUCGUGUGCUGCUCUGGAUCAUGAUAGAAAUUGCCAUCAUUGGCUCUGACAUGCAAGAAGUGAUAGGCACAGCCAUUGCCUUCAACCUUCUGUCAGCUGGACGUAUCCCUUUGUGGGGUGGAGUCUUGAUCACCAUUGUGGACACUUUCUUCUUUCUCUUCUUAGAUAAAUAUGGUCUCAGAAAGCUGGAAGCCUUUUUUGGUCUCCUCAUCACAAUCAUGGCACUGACAUUUGGCUAUGAGUAUGUGGUAGUGCAUCCAGACCAGGGAAAGGUGAUGAAGGGGAUGUUUCUCCCCAUUUGCAAGGGCUGUGGACACAACGAACUUCUACAGGCUGUGGGACUGGUUGGAGCCAUCAUCAUGCCCCAUAACAUCUACUUGCACUCCUCCCUCGUGAAGACCCGAGACGUUGACCGCACUGACAAGAAGGCAGUGAAGGAGGCCAACAUGUACUUUCUGGUUGAGUCGACCAUUGCUCUCUUCGUUUCCUUCCUCAUAAACCUCUUCGUUAUGUCUGUGUUUGGAGAGGCCUUCUUUCGUAAACAGAACCAUGAUGUGCAUGAAAUCUGUGCCAAUGCCAGCAUUUUCGCCAAUGGCAGCCUCUUCCCAAACUUUCCUGACAACAAUGAAACUGUCUCCGUGGACAUCUUCCAGGGGGGACUCAUCCUAGGAUGCUACUUCGGCUCCAUUGCUCUCUACAUUUGGGCCAUUGGGAUCCUUGCCGCAGGCCAAAGUUCAACCAUGACGGGGACAUACGCCGGGCAGUUUGUGAUGGAGGGCUUCUUGAAGCUUCGCUGGUCUCGCUUUGCCCGGGUGGUCUUCACUCGUGCCUUCGCUAUCCUUCCCACGGUCUUCGUUGCUGCUUUCAGGAGGAUAGAAGAUUUGACGAGCCUGAAUGACGUUCUCAAUGUGCUGCAGAGCAUCCUGCUGCCUUUUGCUGUCAUACCUGUUCUCACCUUCACCAGCAUGCAGCCUCUCAUGCAGGACUUCGUCAAUGGGAUCAUUAGCAAGAUCAUUAUGAUCCUCAUCACUGGACUGAUCUGUGCAAUCAACCUGUACUUUGUGGUGACAGCUAUAAUGGGCCUGAAUCAUCUGGCAUACUACAUCGCCAUAUCAUUGGCGCUAGCUGCAUACGUGGCCUUCGUCUGCUACCUGAUUUGGACAUGUCUCAUCUCGCAUGGAGCUCGUUUCCUGGCCCGUGGGCCCCACACUCGAUUCGGUUAUGGGCUGCAGUGAUAGGCCAUCCCUCUCUCACACAUGCCAGAGGCUGCUAAAUCAUCCUCCUCCUCCUUCAUGGACUGGAAGCAGCUGCCCCUCUGGAUCAGCUGAAAGGCAGAGGCUCCAGGACACUGGUGUCCACCGACAAGAGAUGGACUUAAGCACUGGUAGCUGGCAAUCCACGGUGGAGCACCUGCUUUGCAUGCAGAAGGUUCCAGGGUUCAUCUCCAGUAUCCUGCAAUGAAUCUUCAGACUCUGUGAAAGAGCUGUGGUCAGCGCCCCCAUACAGGUGGGCCUGGACUUGACAGGCCAAUGCCCAGAUUCAGCACAAGAUGGCUGUUUGUAUUUUAGCUGGAAUAAACUCUCUUGGGAAGACA